AACAUUUCUCCCCACAGAGAGUAAAAAAAAUGGCGGAAAAGAUAUUUCUCUCUCCCAAACACAGCAUUUCCCUCUCCCUCUCACUCCUCUCCGCCGCGUUCCUCCUCCUCCCUGCACUCGCAUCGCCGGCGCCGACGCCGACGCCGGCCCCAUGGCCGGCGCAAUUCCACUCGAUCCUCUUCAUAAACAGUAGCAAAGGUGUGCUGCAAGUGACGGAUCUCUGGUACGACUGGCCCAACCGCCGGAACUUCAACAUAAUCCAGAACCAAUUGGGGAAGAAGCUGUACGAUUUGGAAUGGGGUAACGGCACAUCGUAUUACUACACACUGGACGCCAACAAGGAGUGCCGGACGAUGCAUUUCGCGGUCGGAAUUCUGAGCCCUAAUUGGCUCGACGGCGCAAAUUAUUUGGGGCAAGUUGAUAAGGAUGGAUUCCUCUGCAAUGUGUGGGAGAAAGUAGAUUUCAUUUGGUAUUACGAAGAUGUUGCCACCAAGAGACCUGUUUACUGGGCUUUCUACACUGGGCAAACGGCACACGUGAUGACGUUUGAGGUGGGGAAAGUGCUAGACGACCCCGAUUGGCAAGCCCCGGUUUACUGUUUUGAAGAAACGGAGGUUAACACGGAUGCUCUCGAAUCGGAGUUUGGUUUUCCGGCCCACCGGAGUUUGAUCCGAGGUGUACUCCCGAGUAUUCAUUCGAUCGUUUAGUUUUUCUUUUUCGUUCCGGGUUUUAUCUUUUCAAGCACAAGUUUCUUCUAUUUUUAACUCAGAUGUACAUUUAGAUCUCGUUUGGUUGCCACCGUGGCGACAGCCAAAAUAAGAUUAUGGUAAUUUGCUUCAUUUUUGUAAAGACUUCACGAUUCGAGCGCUAUAAGACGACCCAAUAUUAGUAUAA